CUGGGGCACGGUACAAGUCGGUUGGUCGGUUUGAGGUUAUGUCAUCGGUCACGUCGUUGCGAUACAGUGUUGAGGGAGGAUUCUAAAGUGACGUCAUGCGGAGAUCCCGCUGGAUAUCGCUGCUGGUUCAGCGCGUUCUGAUAACGGUGGCCGUGUUCUUGGCGGCAAUGUUGGUGAUAUAUUUCACGGCCAUUAACCCGAAGGAGAUUUUCAGCCCCUGUGAUCGGCCCUGCAAGCGAGCCGAUUGGCCCCGGAUUUGCCGGUACCGGCUCGUCAUCGAGAAGCGGCUGAUGCCCAAAUCUCUGCUGGCAGUGGACCAUAAAAAUAUAAUUAGAACCACCGACCAGGCCGCGGCCACGACCACCGGUGGACAUUUGGCGUGGCAGCAGCAGCGGCACUACUUUCUUGUUAACGGACGCCACACCGGACCGGCGCUGACCGUGUGCGAGCGGGACUUUAUCGUGAUUGACAUCGUCAACCGGAUCCCGGGCCAGAGCAUCGCGAUCCAUUGGACGGGCCAGAGCCAGUGGAGGACGCCCUUCAUGGACGGGGUGCCAAUGAUAACCCAGUGCCCGAUCGCCAGCUACACCACCUUCCAGUACAAGUUCCAAGCGGACCACGUCGGAACGCACCUGUAUCACGGCUUUUCCGCCGAAGAGCGCGGUCUUGGCCUGGUCGGUGCCUUCGUGGUCCGUUCCGAGCACGAACAACGGAUCCACCCGGUAACGAGCAGUUGUCACCGCCAAGAAUUGGUUUGGAUCAUCGCCGAAACAGAUUCCGGAGCGUUGUCCAUCAACGGCCGGAGGUCGUUUGUGCAGCAGGUCAAACCCGGACUUCGGUAUCGAUUGCGGGUGGCUUUCGUUAGUCCUUUUGAGACUUUACCGGAGGGUUGUCAAUACUGGCUGGAGGUGGAUCAACAUCGGUUGACCGUAAUCGCUUUGGAUGGUAAUCUACUGGAACCGGUUCCGGUGGAGCGGGUCGCGCUUUCCGAUGGAGACCGGAUUGACUUGAUUUUGGAAACGAGUUUGGGGAAGGACGCCAUCGGUGGUGACCAAGAGUACGAAAUUCGCCUCGUCAGUGUUGCCGGCAAUAAUGGCAGCUGUGAACAGGAGCAUCUUAGAUUUGCUUCGUCAAGCUCGAGAUUUAAGCUGAAGUACGUGGGAACUGAAGCAGCUGGGACGCAGAUUUUGAUCGAGGAACCGGAUGAUGGCGCCCGAGCACCCGCUGUCGCUGGCAGUCAUCCCGACUGGCAAGAACAGAAAAUCCCCACCAAGUCAGACUUGGACCAACAACGUCCCCGAGGGUUCAACGCCGGCCGGUUGAUGUGCGAUGUGCCAUCUUCAGUGGUUGCUGCAUCUCCAGCGGGCCAGAUUUCGCCGAAUCAAAUUUGCCCGCUUGAAGAUGGUGAGGAGGUUUACCGAGGGACGAGUUGGGACCAUUUUCCGGCGGAACUUCGCGACGUAGAUAGGAAAAUUAGACUGGUUCUGACGAAGAGGACCGUUCAGCGAGAGAUUCUUGGAGAGCUAUUUCAAGACAUCUCGUACUCGGUGAAUGGAUUCAGCUUCGUCUUUCCCACAGCGGUGAUGUUGCGAAAGCUGCUCCCGGCGAUUCGGCGGACCGGCAGCAGGACAGGUGUUGAAGACGGCCAGCUUCAUACCUGCAGUGGCAAUGGCACUGGCAACACUGGCGGCGGACGGUGGAUGCCAAAAAAGUGUCACCAGUUGCCGCCGGACGAGUCGUGCGAAUGUGUCCACGUUGAGCACGUGGAAGCGGGCCACCGGGUGGAGUUGGUGCUAAUUAACGAAGAUCCAGACUCGGACCACUCGUAUCACCUUCACGGCCUCUCGUUCUACCUCGUUGGAGCGGCCCGUUUUGAUGAGGGUUGGCAGCAUCAGCAGUUGGACCAAUUGCUUCGGCGGAACUUUGACCGUCCGGUGCGAAGGGACACAGUCCGCAUCGGGCGACGGUCGCUGGUGGUGCUGAGAUUUGUUGCCACCCACGCUGGACUGUGGCUGCUGAGGGAUCUCGGAGCGGAACACGGCUGGUCCCGGGGGCUGGAUGUGCUGCUGGUGGUGCACGGGAGGGCGGGAAGACCGGCCAUUGAAGAAGAGUUUGACAUUCCUGGGGAUUUUCCUACCUGUGAUAAUUUUGUGGGGCCAAAGUAUUUUUUGAUUUGA